AUGGGACGCAAAACGAGGAGGAAGCACAGAGAUGACACCCCCACAUCUUCAUCAAGCUCCUCCGACGAAGACACCGACUCUUCCAGCGAGAGGAAGCGGCGGCGGCACCAUCGGGGUAGAAGUGAGGGGAGUUCGAGGAAAGAGAAGGAGAGGAAAAGAGAAAAAGAAGAGAAGAGAAGAAGAAGAAAAGAUAAAGAUAAAGAGAGGAAGAGAAGGAAAUCGAAGAAGAGAAGAGAUUAUGAGUCCGAAUCGCCAGCAUCCGGUACCGGUUCGGAGGGGAGGGAGAUUGAGAGAGUUCGGGUUAACCCGGGAGAUGUAGUUAAAGAGAUGUUGAUUGCGUUUCCUAAUGUCGGUGGUGACUUGAAACAGCUUCUGCAAAUGAUUGAUGAUGGACAAGCUGUUGACAUAAAAGGGAUAUCUGAAAGGUCUUUGAUCAAGCAUUUGAAGAAACUUUUUAUUUCGUUAAAUCUCAAGGAAAAUGGUGAUAGAGUUUUCUUGUUGCCUCCAAAUGUUUGUCCUACUUUGGAGGUUAUUGGACCCCUGAUCGAAGCUCGUGUGGAGUCCAAAGAGCAACAGCUCGAACAUUCUAUUACAUCAAAUGAUGUGGAUUCUAUACCACCAGAUGUAGAACAUAAACAAGAAACAGAUGACAGUCAUGUGGCAAUGCCAUCUUCAAGAGAUGAUGCUUCUGCUCCUAGGAGAAGGGUGAUUGGCCCUGAAAUGCCAUCAGCUGAGUUACUUGCUGCUGCUGCAAAACUAACAGAAGCACAAGCUGAGCUUAGAGAAGCUGAGUUGGAGGAAGACACUGAACUAUUCAUAGGACCUGCCCCACCUGCUAUGGUUGCCGAAGCUGCAUCAGCAAAUGAAGCAGAGCGAUUUGAAGAGGUCACAAGAAUUAUGGACGUUGUCGGUGACUCUCUGUAUGAUGUUGUAGGAGUGAAUCGAAACAUGUCUGCUGAGAACAUAAAGAAAAGGUACUGGAAGCUGUCACUUUUGGUGCAUCCAGACAAGUGCUCUCAUCCUCAAGCCCACCAAGCAUUUGUCAAAUUGAAUAAAGCUUUUAAAGACCUACAAGAUCCUGAAAAGAGGAAACUGCUGGAUGAUGAAAUUAAACGCAAGGAGGAACAGGAAGCAUUUAAGGCUGAAUUGCGAGCCAUGCGUGAAGCUGCACAAUGGAGGAGAUUGCAAGGUAUAUCUAUGGAGGGGGAUGAUGAACUCCUGGCAGAAAUUGAAGUUAAAGUAGCACCAACCAGGGAUGAAUGGAUGACAACAUUGCCUCCUGAAAGGAAACCUGGUGGUAUGCCCAUGCAAUCUAAAAGUUUCAGCAAGACCACUAAAGAAGGACGUGGUGAUACUAGUGUUUGGACAGAUACCCCUUCAGACAGAGCGCAGAAAGCAAAGACGAAUUACUUGGAAGCAUACAAUGAAGCCGCAGCACUUGCUUCAAAUGUAGAGGAAAAGCAACGGGCAAAUGCAGAUGCAGAUUUGGUGGAUAAAUACAAUAAAGCUAAACGAUCUAAAUCUUUGGUUCAAAAGCACCAAGAAGACGCCUCAGCCCGUUCAAAGAAAAAAUCCAAGCAGCAGCCAGAGAAGGAAGAGUGGGCAGGGCAACAUCCAUGGAAGCCUUGGGAUCGUGAGAAGGACCUAGUAGCCGGAAGGCAACGUGUAAACUUGGAUUCAGAGAACAUGACUCAGGGUUUGUCUUCCAGAUUUUCAUCAGCAAAUUUUCAGAGGAACUUCCUUUAA